AUGGCAAGAAAGUUCCUGAUUAAGUUCUUCCCUCCUUCCAAGUCAACCCAAUUACGCAGUGAUAUUGGGCAAUUUCGACAGUUAGAGCAAGAACCAUUCUAUGAGGCUUGGGAAAGGUUUAAGGACUUAUUACAACGUUGCUCAAAGCAUGGUUAUCAAAAUUGGAUGCAAGUUCAGAUUUUUUAUAAAGGGUUAAAUGCUCCAACACGAACAAUAGUUGAUGCUGCUGCUGGGGGUACACUAUUAGCCAAGACAGCUGAUGAAGCCUUCACUUUAAUGGAAGAAAUGGCUACCAACAGUUAUCAGUGGCCCAAUGAGAGGUCAGACCCAAGGAAAGUUGCUGGGUUAUAUGAAGUUGAUCAGAAGACAGCCAUGUAUGCCCAAAUUGCUGCUUUACAAACCCAAAUGGUUGCUCUGUCAGCGCAAAAUAAUCCAACGGUUAUGCAGAGAGUAGCAGCGGCUACUACAAUGCAGAGGCAAGAUAUGAGUCCAGAACAAGCUCAGUUUAUGGCAAACUGCUCCUUCACCAAUAACUACAGAAGCAACAACAUGCCUAAUUAUUAUCAUCCAGGAUUGCGCAACCAUGAAAAUUUCUCUUAUGCUAAUAACAAAAAUGUACUGCAACCACCUCCGGGAUUCAAUUCUCAACAGCAACAAGAGAAAAAGCAAUCAUUGGAAGGCAUUUUGGGCACUUUUAUUAUGGAGUCUAACAAGAUGUUUGGAAAAAAUGAAGCAAGACUCGACAAUAUAGAAACCCAUAUGACUAACAUGGGUGCUUCAAUGAAGAAAAUUGAGAUUCAAGUGGGCCAAUUAGCUAUUGCUGUGAAUUCUAAUCAGAAGGGAAGUUUUCCUAGUGACACUGUGGUAAAUCCAAAGGAAUCAUGCCAAGUAGUUUCUUUGAGAAGUGGUAAGGUGCUUGAUGAGGGUAAUGUUCAAGAAUGUUCAAAGGAGAAAGUUGAGCCAGUGGUACGAGAGGUAGACAAGGAAGAGCAAGCCAAGAAGCAGAGUGGAAGUGACAAGACUGGCAUGAAGAAAGAUAGCCUUCCAAUGUAUCAACCUCCCAUUCCUUACCCUCAACGGUUUCAGAAGAAGAAAUUAGAUGAACAGUUUGCAAAGUUUCUAGAAAUCUUCAAAAGAAUUCACAUAAACAUUCCAUUUGCAGAUGCUCUUGAGCAAAUGCCCAAUUAUGUGAAGUUCAUGAAAGAAGUCAUGUCAAAGAAAAGAAGAUUAGCAGACUUUGAAACUGUGAAGCUAACAGAAGAAUGCAGCGCCAUCUUACAGAAAAAGUUGCCUCAAAAGGUGAAAGACCCUGAUAGCUUUACUAUACCCUUCAUUAUUGGAGGGUCAUCCUUUGACAAGGCAUUAUGUGAUCUUGGAGCGAGUAUUAAUUUGAUGCCACUUUCAGUUUUUAAAAAGUUGGGGGUAGGAGAGGUGAGGCCCACAACCAUUACUCUUCAAUUAGCAGAUCGAUCAUCCUAG